UGGCGGGAGUUUGGUCGCUCGUCGGCUCACACCUCGCGACACUGGGAGGACGCCGGCGCGCCGUCGCUGCCGACGACCGGCGGCCGUCGCUGCCGACGAGCAGUGUCGUUGGCGAUGGGGCGGCGGACGGUGCGGUCUGGCGGAGCGCAGAGCGGGCCCACGGCGCUGCCCUGCCCGGCCACUGUCUCCGGCACACAGAGAUGAGUGCGAGUAUAUACCACUGGUCCACUAGGAGCGGGGGGCUGCUGGCGUGGAUCCUGCCCGUUGUUCUAUGUAUCCGCAUCACACAAGUACAGAUCCCGCAAUCUGUAGUGCUGGGAAAAGCAGUGACACUCGAAUGCAAGUACGACCCCGAGGGACAAGAUAUAUACGCCGUCAAGUGGUACAAAGACUCGUUCGAGUUCUACCACUUUCUGCCGAAGAGCAGACAGCAGAAGGGCAAAUACAAUGCCACCGGUCUCGACGUCGUGCUGGAGAGGUCGUCGGACUCGGAGGUGACGGUGCGGGUCAGCUCUGACCGCGCCGCCGGCACAUACAAAUGUGAGGUCUCCGGAGAGGGGCCCGAGUUCUGGACCAGCUUCGCCGAACGCAAUGUCUCCGUAGUCACGUUGCCAGACCGACAGCCGGAGAUCUGGGGCCACCAGCACGUGUAUCGCCCCGGCGAUAAUAUCUCCGUCAACUGCACAUCGCCCAACGCCCGACCGGCCGUACACAUCAACUGGUUCGUCAACGGCGAACAGGUAUCUCGAGACAAUAUCCACCACUGGCGGACACCGAGCUCCGACCGGCUGGUCACAUCCACCGGAAACCUGCGCAUGACCGUACGUCAGCAUCAUUUCAAGGCGGGCAUCAUGCAGCUGAUGUGUGUGGCCUCACUGGACGAUGUCUACUGGAAGAGUGUGCACGUGGACCUGCCGCAGUGGGGAGAGCAAGCCCGCGGGGCGCGCAGCAACGGCCUCUUUGCUAACGGAGGAAGUCAGCCCUUAUGUUUCUUGCCGUCCGUCUCGGCGCUGCUAGCAGUGUGCGCUGUAUUUGUGCUCCGUUAAUCGGACAGUUCCGUGCGGCACAUGUCCUCGUUAAUGUGGCAGUCCGCCGAGGUCAAAGUCGCGGGCUGCAGAUCCUGAAUGGAGCUCAAUGCUUGAUAUUCUGGUCGUUUCUUGUGAUAAGCCGAAGAGAAAAGAGUGUAACGCAUGCGCUCAGUGUUCCAAGAUGUGCAAAUAUACGUGUUUCUUAUU